UUGUUGAUAUGCUAAAAGGGAAAAAGAUCAUCAUUAUGGACUUUAUAGACUUAAUACUCACACAUUUGCGCAUUCUCCUACCCGUUUAGAAAGUAAAAUCAGGAGUUUCUAAGGUGAUUCCUAGUCCCCUAAAUCCAGAAAUGGAUCUUGAAUUAGGACUCGAGAUCACCAAAAAUGCAGAUGAUCAUACUUCCUCUUCUGAUUUUCGGAUUGCGAAGGAGAAAUCUGGUCCUGUUUUCAUAUCCACCGAAACAGAAAGCGCGUACAUCCUCACUGCCCAUCUUGAAGGUUGUAGAAAAGAGCAUGUCAAUAUUGACAUAAAUGAAGACGAGACUCAGCUAGGCGUUGCUGUGGAGAAGCCAGUUCAAGAGAAGGUGAUGUCAGGAUGGUCAAUGAACAAGAAAGAAGGGGAGACAAGGGGAUUCAGAAAAGUCUUUCGGAUCCCAGAUGGAGUGGUUUUGAGUCGAAUCAAGGCCAAGAUUAAUGAACAAGACUCGACUCUCAGAAUCUUCAUGCCAAAAGUGGUGAAAGGAUUUGUUGGUGCUGGGGUUGAGGAACUGAAAGAAGAAGAGGUGAUCAUAGGGCAACCACAGAUGACAGAAGCUGCAAGUGAUGAGGUUCCUGAAAAAAUCAGUGAGAAAAUGAAAAUGGAUAAGAACCCUCAGGCUGAAGGAAAAGAGGUAGAUAAAGAAGAGUACACGAAAGAAGUUGAAUUAGAUGAUCAAGAUUUGCAGACCAAUGAUCGAAGAGAAACUAAAGGUGGAGGGAUGGAGUCAGAAGAAAGUGAAGAAAGUGAAGAAAGAAAGAUUGCAAAGACAAAAAAAGCUGAUAGAAUUGAGAAACAGAGAGAGGAUGCUAAAAAAAGAAUCAAGGAAAAAACACAUGGAGGAGUCAAGAAUGAUAAAAGCACUGAAGCAACUCAUCAAGUUGCUAAACCAUCACAAGAAAUUGAAGAAAUCAGACCAGAAUCGAGACCCCCCAACGCGAACGAAAUGCCAAAAGCGACGCCAGAGAAGAAGGAAGUACUUGACAAGGGUGAAUCUUCUGAAAUGCGGAAAGGAAAAGAUGUGUGUGAGAAAUCAACUCCAGAGAAGAAGCCUGCUGCGUCAGAAAAGUCCAAGUUGCUGUCCACUCCUUUGAUCAUUGCAGGUUCAGCCCUUCUCGUCACUAUUGUACUGAUAGCAAUUCACAGGAUUAGGAAAAGAAAGCAAUAGGUUUCAUUUGUGUACUAAAGCUAUACAUAUCACUUUUAUUUACUCUCUCUCUUAUAGACUUGUAGCAGGCAUGACGUUAAUGUAGUCUAGCUAGUAUACUUAACAAAUGCAUGGGAUUAAAACCA